AUGGUGAGCAUUGUGCAGAAUGUGGACGCCAUUGUGAAAACUGUAAUAUUCUUAAGGGCUGCAUACAAUGCCAACCAGGGUUUCAAGGGAAAAGUUGUGAAAACUGUUUGGAAGGAUAUACCGGGACUAAUUGUGGUUGGGCUCCAUGGAAAAUGUACAAAUGACUGUGAUAAGGGAUGGAAAGGAAACAAAUGCUCCGAUGAAUGUGAUCAUGGUACAUAUGGGGAAAACUGCAAGUACAACUGUAGCGGACAUUGUUAUUCUAAAAUGACAUGUGAUAGAUUUAAUGGAGGCUGCCCAUUUGGAUGUGAUUCCGGAUGGUCUGGAUAUCUGUGUGAUGAAAAAUGUAAUGAUGGUAUGUUUGGGGACAAUUGCAAGUACAGCUGUAGCGGGCACUGUAUUUCUAAUAUGACAUGUGAUAGAAUCGAUGGAAGCUGCCCAUCAGGUUGUGAUCCAGGGUGGUUCGGAACUCUAUGUAAUGAAAAAUGUGAUAAUGGUACAUUCGGGAAAAACUGCAAGUUCAACUGUAGCGGACACUGCUAUUCUAAAAUGACAUGUGAUAGAUUUGAUGGAACCUAUCCUUCCGAAUAUGAUCCAGGGUGGUCUGGAUAUCUAUGUAAAGAAAAUUUGAAUGAAAAAUUACAUGAUACAGGCGCCCCCUUUUGA